AUGCUGUCCCUUCGUGCCUUUUCUCGCUCUGUUCCGCGUCUGUCGCGCACUGUCGCUCGGACUUCUCUUCGCCCGGCCGUUCUGCCCAAGACUGCUUUCGUGCAGCCCUGGAAGCAGGCCUCCAAGCCCGCCUACGCUGCCUUCUCAACUUCCACCAUUCGCCGCGAGCCCGCCGCUGAGAGUGACGUUGAGCUUAUUGCUAAGCUGGAAGAGGAGCUGAAGCAUGAGAAGGCUUCUGGCCAAGAGGAUGCUCGCGAGCAGCAGGCCAGCAUUGACUACACUUUGCAGACUGGCGAGUGGAAGGCUAAGGAUGUUGAGGGUGAGCAGGAGGUUGUCUUGACCAAGACUUUCGGCAACGAGACAAUCCGUGUCACCUUCACCGUCGCUGAUAUCAACAACCUCGCCGAGGACCCCAUGGACGAGCUCACCGACGAUGCCCUGGGCGACGAGGGCGACUUCCAGAGCCAGAACAAGCCCGCUGAAGGCGAGGACGAGAUUCUGCCCCCUACCUUCCCGGCUCGUAUCAAUGUCACCGUUGAGAAGCCUAACAACGGUGCUCUCCUGAUCCAGGCCGUUAUCCAGGAUGGUGACCUCCAGAUCGAGGAGAUCUCUCACUUCAAGAGCGCCGAAAUUGCCAACGCACAGACUGCCGAGAAGGACUGGUCCCGCCAGAGCCUCUAUGCCGGUCCCCCUGCCGAGAACCUGGACCCUGAGCUGCUUGCUUUCUGGGGUCGCUAUCUCGAGGAGCGUGGCCUGAACAUCGAGUUCCAGAACAUGGUCACCGACUACAUUGCCUUCAAGGAGCAGAAGGAAUACGUUCGGUGGUUGGAGAGUGUCCGCAAGUUCGUCGCGGCUUAA